CGGCAGCGUCCCCCAGGCCCCGGCGUCGUCCUCCCGGCGGCCGUCGCCCCCGUCCUGCGCGGCCGAGGACCCCGGGCGCGAGCCCCGAGCGCAGCGCCACAGCUCGGAUGCCGGCUCGGCGGCGGCAGCGGCGGCGGCUGACUGCGCCAACGGCGCCCAGGCCCCAGGCUCGGCGGCCGCCCCUGCGCCCGGCUGCGCCCCGAGCCGCUCGAGCCCGGAGCCCAUGACGGCGGCCCGCAGGACGCCCGAGCUCGGGCCCGACACUGCCAGUGUGUCCGAGGACCCUGGGUCGGCGUUCCGGGCUGCAGCGCGGUCCCCGGCCACCGAGCCUGGCCCCGGUCCUCCCGGCGGCGGUCGAAGCCCCCCCGGCGCCAAGCAGCCCGGGCUCAGGUCCCGUCGCCGCAAGAAGAAAAAGCUGGAGCCUGUGCCAGGGUCCACCCAGGGCUCCCCAACUUUGCAGAUCACUCAUGUGAGCAGGGAGAACAUUAAGUGCCCGAGCCCCACGCCUUCCAGCCCCAGCCAGAGUCCCCAGCUGGGUGUGCCCAGCGAGGCGAGCUCUGCACCCGUCGGGGGCGGACCCCCGGUCCUGGGCCUGUGCUCAGGCUCCGAGCCGUCCCUGGGCUCAUCAUGGCGGAGCAGCUCGUCCGAGGUCCAGGACGGGGUCCAGCCACCCCAGUUCCUGCUUGGGCUUGCGGAGAGCCAGGGCUCGCUGGACCGGGCCUCUGACUCUUCCGGAGGUCGCUCUCAGGCCCCGGCCAGCACAGACGGCGCAGUGGUGGUCCUGAGGCCGAGCCCGGACCCCAUGGGGGGACCCAAGGAGCGGUUGGACCCCAUGUGCCGCAGUUUCGACCGCUCGGAUCCCCUGAACAAGAGUGACAAGUCCUCCAAGCUCCUGGAGAAGAAGAAGAAAACUUCAUCCUGGUACAAUAUGCUGAACCCCACAUACAAGUCGAGGAGUGAAGACUUCAAGAAGCUCUUCAGGGACCUGCCUGAAACAGAGAGGCUCAUCGUAGAUUACUCAUGUGCUCUUCAGAGGGACAUUCUGGUCCAUGGGCGCCUGUACGUCACUCAAAACUUUAUUUGCUUUUAUGCCAAUAUCUUCAGGUGGGAAACCAAUGUGGUGAUCCGCUGCCGGGACGUGACGAGCAUGACCAAGGAGAAGACUGCCCGAGUGAUCCCGAAUGCAGUGCAAGUGUGCACAGACCACGAGAAGCACUUCUUCACGUCCUUUGGGGCCAGGGACAAGACCUACCUGAUGCUCUUCCGCAUCUGGCAGAAUGCACUCAUGGAGCAGCCCAUGUCGACGCAGGAGCUCUGGCAGUGGGUCCACUACAGCUACGGCGACGAGCUGGGGCUGACAAGCGACGACGACGAUUAUGUGGCACCCCCUUACUUGGAGGACGAGCCCCGUGGCACCAGGGGCACUGCCCGCCUGGUCUGCCUGCCCGGCAUCGACAAGGUGGGGGUCGAGGAGCCAUUGGGGCCCGGCUGCAACCCCUUUGAGGCCCUUCAGAGGGAAGUUGACUGUCUGGAGGAGAAUGACCAGUCGGGAGACGGGGAGCCCCCCAUCUUUGUCACUCCUCGAGAACCCAAACUGCACCACUCAGACCUGCCCACGGACCUGAGUGAUACCACGGAGUUUGAGGGAGACUCAUCGGAGUGCCCAUGUCCGGCUCCCUCGCACGAGGGCAAGGAGAUGCUGAACCUGGUGCUGUCCAUGUCGGUGGACCAACUAUUCAGCCUCUUGUUCACAGGGUCACGUUUCUUCCAUGACCUCCUCACCUCCAGAAAGACCUACGAUGUGACAGAGAGUAACUGGCAACCCUGUCCCGAGACGGGCCACAAGCUACGGCAGCUGACAUACACUGUGACACUGAAUCAUGCCAUGGCAAAGGCUGCACACUCAACCGAGACCCAGAUCCUGCUGAAGCAGAGCCGUCCUGGCCAGGUGUACGCCAUCGACUGCGACGUGCAGAGCACGGGGAUCCCGUACAGCGACGCCUUCUGCGUCAAGUCACACUACUGCCUGUCUCGCAUCUCAGACAGCCGCUGCCGCCUACGCAUCUUUGCCUGCAUACGCUACAAGAAGUCUGUCUGGGGCCUCGUGAAGUCUGUGAUAGAGAAGAACUCCCUGCAAGGAGUGGCUGGCUUCUGCAAUGACCUGGAGGGGGCGCUGCUCACGGAGGCUGAGCGUCUGCAGCCGGCUUCUGCGCAAGGCCACAAGCAGCGACGCAGACGGCUGAGGGACUCCCAGCAUGACCAGGGACAGAGGGACCGCUCCAGCAGCUCACAAGCCUGCUUCCCCAGAUUCGGCUCUGCCAGGAUCCACCUUGGCGAGUCUAGACGAAGUUGCUUGCCUACCAGUGCCACCCUCAAAGCUCUGCUGUUCCUGGUGGUGCUUGUUCUCCUGAUCAACAUGACGCUGCUCUACAAGCUCUGGGUCCCUGGGGAUCGGCCAUUCUUCAGGGGCGUGGACAUCCUUGUGCUCGAGCCCGUGCCCACCAACCAGGAGGAGUGGGUGAGACUGCUUUCCAAGCGGGAGUCCCUGCGGCGCCUCGAAGCGGACACCUGGGGACGUACUGUCGAGGACCUGUUGCAGACGGUGCGCUCGGCGGAACGCUCGCUGCUGGAACUGAAGAAGAGCCUACAGGCACGCAGCUUGUCGGAGUUCCCGGGUCAGCCGCCGCCAGCGGACACCGCACCCAAGUCACAGGUGGCCGCCACCGGGGAGUUAUGACCACAACAUUCCAAAACCAUCUAGUCACCCCAAUCACUGCCCUUGCAGGGCCAAAAGAAGAUCGUCCCCACCGAAUUGUUAUCAGUGUGCGCCUCCUGAUCCCGGUGCAUCACUCUAUUCUCUCUAGAGAAGUCUGGAUUAAGUAUUUCUUUUGUACGUCAAUUCAGCGGAUUAGCGUGGCUGCCAGUUGUGAGGCACCUUGCAUUCCCGCAUCGGUGAAGCACCCUGCCGAUGUCCCUCCACCUUCCGUGUUGCCGCGGUGUUCUGUGCCGUUGUUGCAGCAUAGAAGAAGCAGUCCCAGCGUUCCGCUGUGGUUCACCGGAGGGCUUAUCCAGCCGUCGCCUUUUUUGUCGGCUUUUCGAAGGUGUCCACGGUCGUUUUACUAGCCCUCAUAUUCUCCAAACUCAUAAAUUUUUUUUUUUUUUAUUAAAAAAAUGGCUGGCGUUUACUUUAAUCACAAAGUUCUGAUUUUCUCACGCUAGAGCAUAGAGGACUUUACUGGGUAUUUUCGGUCUGAAUAUCUCUCCAUAUUUUUUUCCGAUCAUCCACAUAUACAUCAACCACUCAUGCUUUGUUUACUGGUGUUUUGGUGUUGAUUUUUGAUGCUAUUUUUUUGUUGUUGUUGAAUUUAGUUAUCUGCUGAAGCCAAAACCCAUGUGUUACAUUUCUCGUUUAAAUGGUGUCUUGGUGCUGUGUGAGGUGUGUUGUUGCCCAGUGAUUUGCAGAGCUAAGCCAUUUAUUCUUGUACACUUGGCCAUUGAGAUCAAUGAUAUCUACUGUCUUGAUAUCUUUGCACGUCUGUCAUUCAAAUAGUAGGAAAUAUAUCUGAGCUAUUUCAGGAUCUACUAGAGCUCUCUAAUAUAUAUAUUUAUGAGGAUGGAGUAUUUUGAUUUCCCUCCACCAUGUACAGGAGUGUGUUACCGCAGGACUCAUUUACCACUUGCUGGUGCAGGCGCAGUUGUAUAUUUGCACUAUAUGCGUCACGCAACGUGUGGGUCAUUAUUCUAAAGGUACCUCCUGCUGGGACAACACAAACUCUUUAGCAAAGCCUCUUUUAUCAUAGGGGUGAUAGGAAACAGAGCUUUCAAGUACUGUGACAUCUGGUUCAAUCUAGUCUUGAAUUGUUAUAGUGGUGGUCGAUAAAAGCAGGCCCUAAUUUUUGAAAGAUUGAAUGUCAGAUAUACUAUAAUAGUAAUAUUUAUGACCUUGCAUCUAGGUGUGUGUGUCUGGUUGUGUGGGCAAAAGCUUUAUUUCUUUGUCUUCACAGGCAGCUUGAGAUAGUCAGUUUUUGUUCCAGCGCUGCACCCAGAUUUUAGUGCCAGUUUGCGGCAUCAACUAGCAGUGGCAUAGCCAGGAAUUUUUUUCGGAAGGGGAAAGAGGGGGGUGGGGGUGCUGAGGUGGCUGGGAUGUCCAUGACUUGGGGUGUGGAAAAGGGGAGGGGCGUUCAUGUAAGGGGUCAAAAUGCAUGUGUAUAUUAUAGGGUCGGCUGGAUUUCUGGGACUGAAGCCCCAUAAGCCUCCCCCCUGGCUACGCCACUGCCAACUAGUAUCUUAUCGAUGGAUGUGUGCACUCUCUCCAGAAUGAAUGCCACUGGCACCUGUGGUAGCAGCCAGUUCACUGUGCUCAGAACAUGUGGCCAUUUGAGCUGCUGUCUUCCAGACAUGUGCCGAAAAUUCUCAGUGUUUCAUUUCAGUGUCGGUUUCAAGCUAGGUCUUGGUGACCAUGAACUUGUGCCCCCUGUCAGCUGGUCUGACAGGUGAUUUUUUUUUUGCUUGUAAAGUCAGCGACGUGACACUGUAUGACGCCAGUUGUGUGUCGCAACACUGUGUGGCGCCAGUUGUAUGUCGCAAGUUUGGCUCUUGUCAAGCACGGCUUGUAGAGUUAGACAAUGUCUAGCCUGCAUCCAUCCACUUAGAGCGUGCACCCCUUGUGGAAUCUUAUUGUGUGCUAUCCACCAACACGAGAAUAUAUAGAUUAUUCUGCAUGUCAUUCCUGUAUUGGCUAAGGUUGAAUGAGAGGGGGAGGGGAAAAAAACCUUCAAAGUAAUUGAUUAGUGCAGCUGUGAAGCCAGUUGGGUUGCUCGUUCUCUGGGACAAAACCUUCAUGGGCAAUAAACUAUUUUUGGCAAGACAUGAAAG